AUUGACGCGGCACGGGGUCACAACGAGUCUAACUUGUGAUUAAUGUCCCAAAUUUAAUCCAUGAGAAGCAGGGCCACCACUCGAUGCACCUAGACUGGCAAAUGGCCCGAAUGAUGUUGCCACCAUACCUUCUGGGACAUAAACGAAAGACCCCAUGCCUUCCUUGUUGAUUUGAAUAGACCAAGGACAAGGUCAAACAGGUACCCCAGCUUAGACUUUUUCAAUGUGUUCACAUCAAUGCCUCGCCAUCAUCUUCAGCUACCCUGUCCAUACCACCGACGACAAACAAAAGGGAGGUCGCGUGAGGUUUUCUUGCCGAUCAAUCAUCGUUAUAUACCCAUCAAAGCUGAUUCAACAAAGCAAACAGAUCUUGAAUCAGAGACCAAUGAGAGAGACAGAGAGUGCUACGUUGAGUCCCUUUUGAGAUGAAAUCCACAACAGAGGCUAGUAUGCAGACCUCUGGCGACGGCGCGGGGGUGGCGAAACAGGUUUGCCUUGAUGGAUGCUGUCCGUCGCCUCUGCUCGGCGGCCUGCCCGAGCAGCGGACCUCCACGGUUCCCAAGCAGAGAAGCGCCUUCUCGGCUUGCCGGCGCGAUUUCGCGACCACCACUUCGUCCUCUAUCUUUCCAAAUACUCAAUUCACAAACCAUGAGUCUCUCCCAUCUCUGAAAGAAUCGUUCACCGAGUUCACCAGGGUCUAUCCUCAAUACGCCGAGACCGUUCAGGUGGACGAGCUCCGAUCGCGGGAGUACUAUCACCUAUCUAUCUCCAAUCACACCUGUCUUGAUUAUAUAGGCGUAGGCCUCUUCUCUCAUUCCCAAUUGCAGAACCAGGAACACUCAAGAUCCCAACAGGCUGGUUCAUCCUCGUCUCCACUGUACAAACCAGAUUUCCCCUUCUUUAGCUUAUCUUACAAGACAGGGAGCCUCAAGACUCGGCUGCUUCUGGGCGGCGGGGAGUCACAGUUGGAAUCAUUGAUGAAGAAAAGGAUCAUGGGUUUUCUCAACAUCUCCCAGAGUGAUUACUGCAUGGUCUUCACUGCGAACAGAACGUCGGCCUUUAAGCUCCUCGCAGAGUCGUACCCCUUCCCAUCCAGCCGUAAGCUUCUGACAGUCUAUGACUACGAGAGCGAGGCGGUGGAAGCAAUGGUAAACAGCUCCGCCAAGAGAGGAGCCAAAGUAAUGUCGGCUGAGUUCUCGUGGCCGAGGCUCAGGAUCCAAUCGACCAAGUUGAGGAAGAUGAUUGUUAGAAAGAAGAAAAAGAAAGACAAGAGAGGACUUUUUGUCUUUCCCGUCCAUUCGAGAGUGACGGGGGCUAGAUAUCCUUAUCUGUGGAUGAGCAUGGCACAGGAGAAUGGAUGGCAUGUUUUGCUCGAUGCUUGUGCUCUGGGACCGAAGGACAUGGAUAGCUUUGGUCUGUCUUUGUUUAAGCCAGAUUUCAUCAUCUGCUCAUUCUAUAAAAUAUUUGGCGAGAACCCAUCAGGAUUCGGAUGCCUUUUCGUCAAGAAAUCCACCCUUCCGAGCCUUGAAACAUCGCUCACUAUGGGAGUUGUCAGUCUGGUUCGGGCUGAGAAAUCGCUAGAUGAGUCCUCUGGUACUGACACAGAACUUGAUCGGGCAUACUCGAAUUCAAACUCUUUCUCAGGUCCCAUACCUGUUGAGACGAAUUGCGGACCAUCUGAUUCUGAGCAACAGGGAACCUCUUUCUCCCAACCUGUUGAACUACCACCCGUCAAAAAUAAAGAGCCAGAAAUUUCUGAGAUUGUUUCAUCAGAGAAGACUGAUGACAAAGCCCCACAAAAUAUUGGCAAUAACAGCGGCAACGGAAACACGGAGCUCCACUGUGCGGGUCUGGAUCAUGUGGAUUCACUGGGAAUGACGUUGAUCAGCAACAGAGCCAGAUACCUGAUCAACUGGCUUGUGAAUGCCAUGUUGAAACUGGAGCAUCCUAACACAGAAGGUGUUCGCCUGGUCAGAAUAUAUGGACCGAAGGUCAAAUUCGAUCGAGGACCGGCUUUGGCAUUCAAUGUGUUUGACUGGAAAGGGGAAAAGGUAGAGCCUGUUCUUUUGCAGAAGCUUGCCGACAGAGGCGGCAUAUCUCUUAGCUAUGGGUUCUUGCGCCACAUCUGCUUCUCGUACCUCAAAAGGAAGGGAUUGGAGGGGCAGACAUUUUAGAAAAAAAGAAAGAAAAUCCAUGCACAAGCUUCUGAUUUUUCCCCUUUUCUUUUCCUUUUCCUUCAUAGAAGAACUCCAUGGACAAGCUUGGAUAAGAAAGACAACAGGCACAUCUCCCUGGUCACUACACUGGUCAGGAGUGAAUUUGGGGUGGGUCCUCAUCAAGAUCCAUGGCCAGCUUGUCAGCUACGAUACCAAAGUGAUUAUAUAAAGUGUCAUACU